CCAUUCAAAUUCUUCCCAUCAGAACAGGAAAAGUCUAUUAGUUAUUCCAUUUUCUUAAAUCUGUUUGGGUGCAUGCAAUGGCUAUCAAAUGCAUGACCACAGCCAAAUCACAAGGAGAAUCAAAACUGAAGCAAGAGAUGAAGAGGAAGCACCGUGUGGAAUUUGGGUCCUCCGAUGAGUCAAUGGUGCCGGAGAAUUUCAUAUGGCCGGAGGAGUUUAAGGCAAGAGAGUCAGUGCCGGAGCUACAAGUUCCACAUAUUGACUUGCAGAAGUUCAUGAGUGAAAAUGAGAACGAUAUUGAAGAGGUGAGGAGGCUGGUGGAUGAGGCUUGCAGAAAGCAUGGAUUCUUUGUGUUGGUGAACCAUGGAGUGGACAUGGAAUUGAUGAAAAACGUUCAUGAAUGUAUGGAUGAGUUCUUCUCAUUGCCUCUUGAUGUGAAGCAAAAGGCUCAAAGGAAGGUGGGUGAAAAUUAUGGGUAUGCCAAUAGCUUCAUUGGGAGAUUCUCCUCCAAGCUUCCAUGGAAGGAAACAUUUAGCCUACGCUAUGCUGCUCAUCACAACUUCCCCAUUACACACGACUAUGUUUGCCACCAUUUGGGCCAAGAAUUCUCCCAACAAGGGAAGGUGUAUGAGGAGUGUGGAAAAGCGCUGAGCGAUCUGAGUUUGAAGAUAGUGGAGCUUUUGGGGUUGAGCCUUGGCCUCCCAAAACAGAAAUUCAAGAAAUUCUUUGAAGACAACGAUUCUAUAAUAAGGCUUAAUUAUUACCCACCAUGCAAUAAGCCUGAGCUGACCUUGGGAACUGGCCCUCAUUGUGAUCCCACCUCCAUAACCAUUCUUCACCAAGAUCACGUCAGUGGCCUUCAAGUCUACGUCGAUGAUCAGUGGCACUCAAUUCCUCCAAUCAAGGACUCCUUUGUCAUCAACAUCGGUGACACUUUCAUGGCUCUCACAAAUGGGGUUUACAAGAGCUGUUUCCACCGGGCGGUAGUGAACUGCCGGGAAGCAAGAAAAUCAAUUGUGUUCUUCCUAUGUCCGGCGGGUGACAAAGUGGUGAGAGCACCGGACGAGAUCGUGGACAAGAAUCCGCCACGAAAGUUUCCAGAUUACACAUGGCCAAUGCUGCUUGAGCUGACCCAAAAGUUUUAUAGGUCGGAUUCAAACACUUUCAAGGCCUUCACAACUUGGCUUCAACACAAAAACUUGGCCACCACUGCUUCCUCUCUGGCCCCCUCUCUUUGAACCCACCCUCAUUUCUAAUCUGUGUUUUAUGCCAAUAAAGGUAGUGUUUUUAGGAGGUUUGGCCUGUAUGUGUUUGUUUUUUGUGGCGUUGGACGUUGGAAGAAGGUUUGUUAAUGUACACAAUACACAUUUUGUCCCAUC